AUGUCUGAUAAGAAGGAAUUGCUCGCCGAAGAAAAGAAACCUAUUGUAAUAAAGAAUGCUACAGAUUUACAGAGAUUAAAACUUGAAAAACUUAUGAAGAAUCCUGAAAAGCCUGUUGUUAUACCAGAGCCACCAAAACAAAAAACACUGCCACCGCCACCAGACUUUGUACGAAAUGUAAUGGGAUCUAGUGCAGGUGCUGGUUCAGGGGAGUUUCAUGUUUACAGGCAUUUACGACGAAAAGAAUACGCUAGACAAAAAUUUAUUCAAGAAAAAAGUGAAAAGGAAAAACUUGAUGAAGAAUACCAUAAAAAAAUUGAAGAAAAUAGAAAAGCUGCUGAAGAGAGAACAGCGAAAAAAAGAGCUAAAAGGUUGAAAAAAAAGCAAAAAAUGAAAACUAAAAUAAAAAAAAUGAAACCUAAUACACAGAAUAUUUCAUCACAGUCGGGGUCAGAUAAAAAUAGCACUGAUAGUGAAACUGAAGAAAAUCAAAGUGACAGUAAUGAUAAUAGGUGUAAAAAUAGUGAUAAUGAUAGUCAAUAA